UCUGUUUUCCACCCUGAUAUGGAGUCCGAUCUUCUUCCAUGGACUUUGGCUGUGAUUUUUCCUCUUUUAAUAAUCUUAUUGAUUAAGAAAUGGAAGAACAAAUCCAGUGCUAAUUUUCCUCCAGGGCCUAAAAAACUCCCAAUAAUCGGACAUUUGCACCUUAUUUCCAAUCCCCCUUUCCGUAGCUUCCGUGAUCUAGCUCAGCAGUACGGCCCGAUAAUGCAUCUGAAGCUUGGCCAAGUCGACACCAUCGUCGUCUCCUCGCCUGAAAUCGCAAAAGAAAUGCUCAAAGACAAGGAUCCUGUUUACGCAGACAGGCCGGAGAGCGUAGCCCUGAAUAUAUUUUGGUACAACUACGUGGACAUCACAUUUAGCCCCUACGGUCACUACUGGAGAGAGAUGCGCAAAAUAUGCAUCCUCGAACUCCUCAGCGCCAAAAACGUGCGUUCCUUCGGAUUCAUCAGGAGGGACGAGGUAUGUCGACUUGUGGAGUCACUCCGCCUCUCUGGUGAAGAGCCGGUGAAUCUAACAGACAUGGUGUUCGUGGCGCUGAGCUCCAUCAUCUGCAGAGCUGCGUUUGGGAAGGUGUUGAGGGAUAAAGAAGCAUUGAUGAGGCUAGUUAGCAUUGCUCUGGAGAUGGGGACGGGUUUUCUGCUUGCGGAUAUCUUCCCGUCUUCUGUGAUAGCUAAUGCUGUGAGUUGGAGCACGAAGAAGAGGUUGAUGGUGAUGCGGCGUAAGAUGGAUGUCAUUUUCGAUGAAAUCAUCCGCGAGCAUGAGGCCAACGGGGGAGGUAAUGGAGAGUUUGGUAAUGAAGAUCUGGUUGAUGUCCUGCUGAGGGUGAAAGAAAGCGGAGACAUGGAUUUUCCCUUCGGCUACGACAACAUCAAAGCUGUUAUACUUGAUAUGUUUACUGGUGGAACUGAAACAUCGUCGUCAUCUCUAGAUUGGGUCAUGACAGAGCUAAUGAGGAAUCCGCAAGCGAUGGACAAGGUGCAAGAUGAAAUACGAAAAGUGAUGAGAGGAAGAAGCCACACAAGCAUCGAGGAAGAAGAUAUUCAAAAAAUGAAGUACCUAAAACUAGUGAUCAUGGAAAGUCACAGGCUGCAUCCUCAGGGUUCAAUCAUCCCUAGAUUGUCGAGGGAAUCCUGCCAAAUCAACGGGUACACUAUCCCUGCCAAAGUGAAGGUACUGGUGAACGCGUGGGCUAUCCAAAGGGAUCCUAAGUAUUGGACUGAUCCAGAAAGCUUCAAGCCCGAAAGGUUUCUGAAUCAGCCCACCCUGGACUUUGCCGGUAACGAUACUCGCUACAUGCCCUUUGGGAGCGGGAAAAGAGUGUGCCCUGGAAUAGCAUUUGGUUCAGCAAGUGUGGCUCUCCCCUUAGCUCAACUACUUCACGACUUCAACUGGAAACUCCCUCGUGGUGUCGAUGCCCAAGCUUUAAACAUGACCGAACACUUCGGCAUUACAACUUGCAGGAAAGAUAAACUUUUUGUUAUUGCUACUCCUUAUCAACCGCUGCCGUGACUACGAAUGCAUAUACAGUUUGGAAGAAACUAUUCGGGUUUUAUUGAAUAAAUAAAGGAUUUUGAAAGUUUGCAAAGGAACUGGAUGGAGGUUGCUGAAGCUACCCCUGUCUCACCGAUCGUGACUGCUCGACCUUUUCAGUUUUACUAUCAGCAAGAGUGUGCCUGUGUGUAUUCAUAUAUGUACAAUGCAAUAUUAAUAGUGAAACCAAAUAAUUUAUCUUUA